AUGCACAUGAUUUGGAAGUCGGAUGAAACACCAUUUACAUACGAACAAAGCAUAGAGAAAGGACCAGAAGGAUGGGGCAAAAUAAAUCCUCAUUGGAGAAUAUGUAACACCGGAAAAUUUCAAUCUCCGAUUGAUCUUACUAACGAAAGAGUUAGUCUUAUUCAUGAUGGAGCAUGGAGAAGACAAUACAAACCAGCUUUGGCUUCAGUUAUAAACAGAGGACAUGAUGUUAUGGUAUCAUGGAAAGGAGAUGCCGGAAAAAUAACAGUACGUCGUACGGAUUUCAAAUUGGUGCAAUGUCAUUGGCAUUCACCGUCUGAACAUACCAUUAACGGAACAAGAUACGAUGUGGAGCUUCACAUGGUUCACCAAAGUGCUUCAGGCAGACUCGCAGUGAUUGGUGUUCUUUAUAAAUUAGGCAAACCUGAUGAAUUCCUCAAAAAGCUACUAAAUGGAAUAAAAGCAGUUGGAAAAAAAGAAAUAAAUCUAGGAACUGUGAAUCCUCAAGAUAUUAAAUUUCAAACCAGAAAAUUCUAUAGAUAUAUUGGUUCUCUUACUGUUCCUCCUUGCACUGAAGGUGUUAUUUGGACCGUCGUUAAAAGGGUGAACACAAUAUCAGCAGAGCAAAUUGCAGCUUUGAGGGAUGCCGUCCAAGAU